AUGGAGAACCGGCUCAUCACCGCCCAAGACUUCCGCGCCUGCUCGCCAGGCAGCAACAUCCAGAGGACGACAUGGGCCUCUCAGUGCGACUGGGAGCGCCACAAGGAGCGCAUCGUCGACCUGUACAAGUUCCAGGAUCACACCCUACGCAGUGUGAUGCACACUAUGCAGCAUGAGCAAGGCUUUGUUGCAACGCCCAAGAUGUACAAGUACCACCUGCGCAAAUGGGGCAUCCAGAAGAACCUCCGCGCAAAGCAGGCCCGGGAGCUGCUGCAGCAGACCAGGCAGGGGGGCAGGCAGGCAUCCGAGUACUCGAUCGGGGGCAUCAGGGUCGAUCAGGAGCGGUUGCGCAACCUCCUCAAGCGGGCGUCCAAGUCGCGGCGCGGCGCAGCAGGGCCAACAGGUCACGGUGCAGCAGGGACACCGGUGACACCGGGGGCAGCCCUCCCCGGCAGCGAGAGCACGGCGUCGUCGUCGGCGCGGCCCUCGCCCUCGCCCUUAGCGACGGCGCGCCUCCGCCCUCCGCACCCCCAGCCGCAGCUGGAGCAGGUGCUGCACGCCCUGCGCGCCUACGUGAGCGGCAGCUUCGGCGCGGGCCGGUGGACGCGGUCGCACGUGCCCUGGCAGGACGGGCUCGUCGUCGCGGCGCACAACUGCGCGUGGUCGGCGGGGCGGCUGAUGAACUCGGGCCACGUCGCGCCGGCCUUCCGGCUGCUGGGCAUCUGCAUGGACUCGUGCCGGCACCUGCUCGCCUCGGACACGCCUUACUUCCCCGUCGGCAUCUACGCCGUGCUGUUCGAGUUCUCCAAGCGGCACGGGGUCCUCACCAAGGCCGUGCUGGCGUUCCUGCGGGACCUGGCUCUUGUCGUGUACGGGUCCCGGCGGCACCCCGUGUACGUCCUGUUCGAGGGGAUGCGCCAGAUGACCUCGGAGCAGCUGUGCCAGUGCGCGUGGGCCGUGUCGCAGUCGUACCAGCGGGCGCUUCUCAACGAGCUGGGUCCUGAUUCCACCUCGGCGGCCCAGAUGACGGCGUUGAACGGGCGCGGGACCAGCUGGGUCGCGGCGUACGGCUCGGUCGAGGACCUCAGCAUCGAGAAUGCGCUGCAGGAGAACCUCGAGGAAGUGUCGAGUGGAGACACGACGAGCUUUGAGGCGUUGGAAGCAAAGCUGAGGCUUGCGAACUUCAUGCUGGACAGGGAUCGGUACGGGGAGGCCCAGAACCUGGCGGAACAGGUCCUGUCCCAGGCACAGAGGAACGGCCCGGACGCGCAGGAUGCCUACCUCCUGGACGACUGCUACCGUAUCCUGUUUUGGAUCUCAAGACACGAGGGGACGCCCGAGGAGACCAAGAGUGCCGCCAAGAGGUGGGUGGACAUGUGCACGACGAGACUGGGCCGGUGGCACGAGCUGACGGUGGACGCGCUGGGCGAGGUCGCCGAGUACCACGGUGAUAUCGGAAACGCCGAAGAGGCGAGUAGGUUACGGCUGGAGCAUGACUCCGCAAUUAAUGGCAUGUGCGAGCGCCUGGAGCGUCUUGGGCUGGGCUAUGAGGGUGCUACUCCCCAGAGACGGACAAUGUUGUACGGGCGCACCUCCCAACAGGCAGGAACCUGCUAG